UUUUUGAAGGUAGGAACCCAAAAUUUUGUCCAUGUCUUCGAAUUCAAUUGUCGUUCUUCUUUUGAAAGGGUCUCGCUUCUCUUCUCUCUGUCUGUCACUUUUUUCUUUUUUAAUUUGUGUGAUUCUCCAAUCUGCUGUGAUUGAAUAUUGAUGACAGUGACGCACAACCUCUCACGGGGCCCAUAAAUUUGUUAUUUUUCUCUGAUCCCCUUUGAAUUGUGAGGGUGAAGUGAAAGAUCUGAAUUACGAAGAUGAUUCAGCUUCUGUUCACGUUGAUAUUUUCGGAGGGUGCGAUGAUAGCUUUGCUGCUGUUCAAGACCCCGUUGAGGAAGCUUGUGAUAAUGGGAUUGGAUCGGUUGAAGCGGGGUCGUGGACCCUUGGUUGUGAAGACCGUUGCAGGGACCAUUCUCGUGGUGCUCUUGUCGAGUGUGUACAGCAUGGUCAACAUUCAGAAGCAUGAGAUCGAGGAUGGUGGUGCCAUUAAUCCCACCGAUCAGGUUCUCAUGGCCAAGCACCUCCUUGAAACAACACUCAUGGGCGGUAUACUUUUUCUUGGGCUUAUGAUAGACAGACUACAUCAUUACAUAAGAGAACUGCGGAUUCGAAGAAAGGGCAUGGAAGCUGUCAAGAAACAAAGCAGAGGGUCUGAAGAUGGGAAAUUUACCUUUUCAGAAGAAAUGAAAAGCGUGGAGGAAGAAAGAACUAGAUUGAGAGCAGAACUUAGGCGCCUAGAAUCUGAACUACAGUCAAAAAUUAAAGACGCAGAUGUUGCAGAAGCCAAUGUAUCUGCUCUGAGAAAACAAUCUGAGGGGUUCCUUCUUGAGUAUGAUCGCUUACUUGAGGAAAACCAGAACCUCCGCAACAAACUACAGUCCUUGGACAGGAAAUUGUCACAUUCAGGUUCUAAGAAGAAUAUUUAAGUAACAUUGCUAGUAGGAAUGGCUUCUUCUUGUAUACUCUUCCGGAGUUCCAUGGCAGUUUGUUCACAACAGCUUGUCAAUCCUUGCAUGCUUGUUCCUCAAGGAAUACGAUUUUCACUUCUAAUUGAACUUGGAUCAAUUUUGUCCUGACAAAUUGUGAAUUUUUUGAGUGAUGACAAGAAAUAUAGUGCUGAUUUGUUUUUUCUGCACAUAUGUAACUUUUGUAACAUCUGUUUUCACUAUUCAAUAGUGUUUGAUGGUAUUAAAGUUA